AUGAACCACGUUGAUGUGGAUCAACUGCUUGAGGACUAUGCAUGGUCUCAUUUCAAGGAUAUUCAAUCGUUACGUAAAACUCGGCUGGAUGAGUUCAAGUCACUCGAUCGUGAUGAGUGCGAGUUUAUUAUUAACAAAAAACAUCUUUCAUGGGUGAAUGAAGAGCCAAAAUAUACAGAAUUCGUGCCGGUUGGUGCGAAACCGUACACAUUGUUCAAGUCGAUCUACACGAACAACACGAACAGACCUCAGGAGUAUUCAUUCAAAACGGAACGGACGACUGAAUCGCUUUGUUCAAUAGCCAGGGAGCAGGGCUAUACAAUGGGAGCUGAAGCGGAGCUGACACUCAAAACUCCUUGUGAAAUAGCUGAACUCAAGGCAGGCUUCAAACAUGAAAUGCACUUCAACAACAUUAAUGAGAACUGCCAAACAGAGAUUCUCACAUGGGGAGUGGAUAGCAAUGUCCAGGUACCGCCACAUUACUGUACAGAAGCAUCAAUAAUUAUUGAAGAGAUGAACUAUCGAGGAGCGUACUCUGUGGUCACGAAAUUGUCGGGAACGGUUGUGGUUUCAAUAAAGCGAAGAAAAGACGAUGCUCUGGUCCUGCCGGUUCGUGUGAAUAUUGCUGAAGUAUUCCUCUCCCAUCUGGAAAGUCCUCACUGCCGUAAAGAGGUGAAACAGGUUGUUACAAUUGAGCAACGUAAAGUUGUGCGACUGUUAAGCAAAGGAACAUGUCAUUUUCAGUUUGCAAUGAAGCAACGAAUUGAUCUCAAGGAAGACCCGAUCACAAGGGGAAAAGAAAUCAUGAUAGACUAA